GGAAGUAGUUAUUAAUCAUCGCUUACGUGGAUAGAUAGAUAAAGUUGUGUUUAAUGGACAUUUAUUACAUCACCGAUUUACUGACAUUAAACUUUUAUAAUUACUGCAGAAGGAAGAUCUCUGACCGAUGAGUUUAUCACGAGUCAUUCAGGGCCUUUUGUUUUGUAUUUUAUUCGUCGGAUCCUGUUUCACAAAUAAGUAUGUGCUUUCUGUCCUGAACUUUACAUUUCCCACCGUUUUUCAGGGGUGGCAAACCUGCACUGGAGCUCUUCUGCUUUGGGUGACUGGGAAACUGGGAUGGGUGGAAAUAAAUAGUUUUUCCAGAUCUGCAGCCGUGUCCUGGCUUCCAGCAUCAGUCCUGUUUUUGGGGAACAUUUACAGUGGAUCUAAAGCCUUGUCCAUCCUGCCCGUCCCCGUCUUUUUUGUGUUACAAAAUGUGUCAGAAGUCGUCUUUUCUCUUAUUGUUAGAUUCACUCAAAAAGAGCGGUCCUCAUGGAUGAAGAUGUUCAGUGAAAACCUGGUGCUGAUGUCAGCUGUCAUACUUGCACUUCAUAAUCUUCAGUUUGGGGUAAAUGGUUAUGUCUGGGCUGUCGUCCACUUGUGCUGUGUUGGCUCAUACAAAGUGUUCCAGAGGAAUUCCAAGCCUAGCCAUCUGAGUGAUCUUGAACAGCAGUUAAUCAACUACAUUGUCAGCAUCUUGCUGUUGGCUACUGCAGCACAUCCAACAGGUGAUCUUUUUGGAGCUCUGGAGUUUCCUUUCCGUACGUCCUACAAGUUCCAUAGUGGAUGUUUUGCCAGUGCUAUACUUAGCUUUUUUCUGGUGCUGUCGUCUGUAAAGCUGAAGAACGGACUUCCUUCGCAGCACUGUGCGCUCUGGCUCUUCCUGGCCAAGAUUCUGGCAUCUGGUUUGUCCUUUUUUAUAUUCAGCGCAGACUUCGGACCCCCGACGUUAUGCUGCAUCGUGAUGAACCACGUCGGUGAGGCGCUGACACUUCACACUAACAGAGUUCUGCAGAGCUGAAGACAAAUGUCCUGACAUUCUCUACUUUCCCUUAUCCUCCUUUUCUUUAUAACGUUAUAUCACAUAAGAGCUGAUGGUUUUGCCGUUUUCAGCAGUUCCUACUUGGCUUUAUACAUUUGCUAUACAUUCUCAGCUGAACUCAGUGUUACAUCACAUGCUGACUGGAUUGUUGAUUGGUUUAAACUCAAGACUCAAUAAAAGCAAAUCAUUUUUUUGUACCAUAA